AUGAUAACAAGGAGUAAGCAUGGAAUCUGGAAGCCGAAAGUUUACAACGUUGCAAGUUCAGAUCGAGAACCAACAAGUAUAACAGAGGCCCUGAUGAGUCCUCAUUGGAAAGAAGCUGCACAAGCAGAGUUUGAUGCCCUGGUAAGGAAUGGCACAUGGACUCUAGUUCCUCUUCCUAGAGAUAGGAAGGCAGUAAACUGUAAAUGGAUUUUUCGAGUAAAGAGAAAUGUUGAUGGCUCGAUAUCAAGGUAUAAAGCGCGUUUGGUGGCCAAAGGUUUUCUUCAAAAACCAGGAAUUGACUUUGAUGAAGUCUUCAGUCUGGUGGUUAAGCCUACAACGAUCAGGGUGAUCAUUUCCUUGGCGUUGUCACAAGGAUAG